AUGCCACCCGGAUACGGACGCAAUGAGCCCCUGAAGAAAAAUAAGCCCAAGUGGAAAAGUGAAUAUCCUAUGACAGAGGGCCAGCUGUGCAGUAAAAGAGAUGAAUUCUGGGACACGGCCCCAGCUUUUGAUGGCCGUAAAGAGAUCUGGGAUGCACUGAAAGCUGCAGCUGUAGCGAUUGCGUGUAAUGACCAUGAACUGGCGCAGGCUAUUGUAGAUGGAGCCAGCAUCACACUGCCUCAUGGGUCCCUUAUGGAGUGCUAUGAUGAACUGGGGAACCGCUAUCAGCUCCCUGCAUACUGCUUGGCUCCUCCAGUCAACCUGGUGUCCAAGUGCAACGAUCAUAAUGUGUCUGAAAACUCUGAGCUACAGGAGAAGAAGGAGAAGGAGUUCCAGCUGAAGGUGCGUCUCUCCAGCGGAAAAGACCUUCACCUCAGCGCCACGAUGGCCAAUUCCAUUCGUCAGCUGAAAAAACUGCUUCAGAUUCAGGAAGACAUUGAUACUGCCCACCAGCGCUGGUUUUUCUCUGGAAAGCUACUCACGGAUAAAACACGUUUACAAGACACCAAGAUCCAGAAGGACUUUGUAAUACAGGUCAUUGUUAGUCAGCCCAUUGUUCCCAACUAAACACAAAUCUUUGAACUGGGACUCAAUGAACUCAAACCUAUGUUUUCAUUAUAUAAAGUCACUGAUCAGGUGUGAGUUUCAACACUUGUGCUUUUUAAAUAUUAAGCACAAAUAUUUCUUCCAGAAAUGUCUACUUUUUUUAACCUAUGAGGAGCUGAAAAGGUCAAAUAUACAUGCAUAUAAGCAUGUGUAAAACAUUAAUAUAGUUCCACAGCAAUUGAAGAGUAUAGUCACAAGAUUUUGCAA